AGUUCAAUAAUAAGUUAUUCAAAAUGUGGUUGGAGUUCAUACCAGAGAUAAUUCUUGUACAGAUAUUUGUCGCAAACUCACUUGGAUUCAUUAAUUUAGUUCAAGACCAGGGAUUAAGAGGAUCAGCGGCCAUGGGUGCAGCUCCUCAACGACCAGAAUGGGCAGCCGGUACAGCCAUUGAUGGUAACACUAGUCAGAGCUACUUAUCAAACUCCUGUGCUAUAACGAAUACUGACGGAAACCGUAAUACUUCUAUAUGGUGGAAGGUGUGGUUACAAAAAAAAUUCAACGUAGCUUACAUAGAAAUUUUCUUCAAAUCUGAUACCUAUAAAAGAUCAACGGGAUUUUCCAUUUACACCUAUAUCCCAAACAUUUUUCAUCCAUUAUAUGAUCCAAAACAUCUGGUGUACCACCAUGAUCCCAUGUCUGGAUGUCCAACGUCUAUUAUGAAUAUCACAGUCAACAAUGUUACACAAGGGAUCGCGUUCAUCAACACACGACCACAGGGAUACACAUCCAACUGCCCUGGAGAUAGUACCAUGUAUACAGGGAUAGAAAUAUGUGAAAUAAGAGUAAUGGGUUGUGAUUCAAUGAGGUAUUCGAUUGGAUGUACAAAGAUUUGUCCAUCUAAAUGUAGUGGACGUUGUGACGUUUUCAAUGGAUCCUGUAUACAUGGGUGCUCUGAUCCUAAAGCGCUCACCAUUGACUGCAUUGUGUGUAAUGGUGGACAAUAUAUAUCAAACAAAGUAUGCGUAGACUGUCCAGGUCAUUGUAAAGACGGGGCUUCGUGUGAUAAGUUGACGGGAAUGUGUAACAACGGGUGUUCAAACCAGUGGACUGGAGCAUUUUGUAACAUAUGUUCUGCAAACUACUAUGGCAGUGACUGUAACACUCCGUGUGGACAUUGUAGAGAUAACAAUGUUUGCAACAACAUCACAGGCCACUGUCCCAAUGGCUGUCAGUCUCAUUGGAAGGGGGACAGGUGUGACGAAUGUGUAGAUGGAUUUUACAACGCAUCAUGCACUGGAAUAUGUGGUCACUGUAAUAAUGCUCAGUUUUGUGACAAGGUGAACGGCUAUUGUUCAGGUGGAUGUACUUCAAACUUCCAAGCUCCUUUAUGUCAAGAAUGUGUCGGCGGAUUUUACAAUCGAACAUGCACUGGAGUUUGUGGACAUUGUGCAAAUGGAGAAUAUUGUUUCCAAAUUAGUGGAUAUUGUGCUAAUGGAUGCAGCAACCACUUUUAUCAUCCCUUGUGCCAGGUAUGCAAAGACGGAUAUUACGGAAAUAUGUGUAACAAACGAUGUGGUCUAUGUAAAGAUGGACAUGCUUGCGAUAAACACAAUGGAACUUGUUUUAAUGGUUGUGUUACUAACUUUCAGCCACCACAAUGUAAAGUGUGUGAAAAUGGUUUCUACAACGCCAACUGUACCGGCAGAUGUGGCCAUUGCCAGAAUAAACAACCAUGUGAUAAGGAGAGUGGAAGUUGUUUCAAUGGUUGCAGUUCAAACUUCCAAAGUCCUUUGUGUCAAGAAUGUGUACCUUACAAGUACGGCCCUAACUGUGCGUUUGACUGUGGACACUGUAAGGACGGGAUGCCAUGUUCUACAGACACCGGUCUGUGUACGAAAGGGUGUGAGGACGGAUGGACCGGGGACCUCUGUCUGAAAAUUAAAAUAGAUGCUGCAGAAUCCCAAAUACAAAGUGAAGAAAUGCCAACCACUGGAACGGUUGCAAUAGCGGUCCUUUCAACUUUGUUGGUAAUUGCAAUACUUAUCAAUAUAUUCACGGGACGAAAGCUUAUUUCAAAUCGAUCCAGCAAACGCCAAACAGAUAUCCCAAUGGCUCAAAAACAAGACUCCUCGCAAACCUAUACUGAUUUAACAGGUACAGACGAAACGCAUGCGUACUCAACGCUUGGCUCUGAUGUUCGUGAGGCUCCUUAUCAAGUGAUCAGUGAUGCUUCUCACAAGAUAAAAUAACUGCCAUGUUAAUUAGAUCAUAUAAUCUGUUUAUAGCUUUGUAAUCUCAAGCACAUAUAUUGCAAACAUUUCCAUCAUGGAUCAAAUCAACCUAUAUGUUAUUAAAGGUUACCAUUUUAGUGUACACUGUAUAUGACUUGUGUUGAAUAAUAUAUAGAUACUAUUUCCUUGUACAUGUGCAUAUUUUUAUAACGUAAGUUGUAUGAGAUAUAUGAUACAAUGAUUACGCCUCGACAUAACAAAACGAUGCAACAACGACGUUGCUGAGAAGUGAUCACUAACACAGUAAUGAUAUAUGAAAAUUCAACUCGGAGAGCUCUACAGAAGUUUUGUGAUGCAGGAGUUUUGUAUUAAAAAAAAUUGUUUUUAUCUCC